GUGCCUGGAACACGGACAUAUGCUCGCUGAAUGACUUCUUCAGGAUCACCUUAGUACACGCCGAACAUGCCCUGCUUCGAGAAGAAUUUCAGAUCAGGGGCAUCGUGGCCAUUCUAGACAUCAGGGGCCUCAGCGUCUUCCACAUUACUCACUACACGCCUUCAGCUAUAAAAAAAUUUAUUACACUUGUUCAGGAUUGCCUGCCCUUGCGGAUCAAAGCAGUUUACAUCAUCAACAACCAUGCUUUAUUUGACAUUCUGUUCACUAUUGCCAAGCCAUUCAUGAAGGCCAAACUGGUGAAAAGGAUUCGCUUCUUCGGCUACGAUUGUGAGGAACUGCACAACCUCGUGCCAGAUGACGUGAUCCCCGAGGAGCACGGCGGCACCAACGAAAGCUACGACUUCGACACUAUAGAGGAGGAGCUCAAGAAUGAAGAGCCAUUCUUCGAGAAGAUUAACGCUCACGGUUAUCGCCUGGAGGCGGAGAACGAAGACGAAGUGACUAGGAUUUAGCUUAAACUAACGCAUAAUAAAUCGACUCAUUGUUUUCUUUCGCGAAUUCGUGCAACUUUCGUGGUUUCUUUUUGUGGGGUGGCGUGCGACAUACUCGCAAGUAUGCUGUCGAAGCAUUUCUCGCGAAACGCCUGCAAUUGCGCAGGCGAUAGAUAUUCUAGCUCUAAUCUACAAAAGGGCUAGUUAUUAUGUUGGUAUGGGUAUGGGUGCCACAAGAACAGGUCUUUGUAGAGUCGAGCUGUCCGUGUAGACCUGCCC